AUGCUUCGCUCUGCACGCACUUCCAUCGCUCGACCUGCCCUUCGCUCUGCCACCGCGUCCUCUUCGCUCAAUUCUUCGCGCAUCUCUCUCGCCUCCAGGCGCAUCACUCCUCGUUUCCCCACCUCUUCGCAUCCCAUCCACACCACCGCCUCCUUCAACAUGCCGCACAUGCCCCAGGGAAUCGUAAAGGGCGGCAAGGAGGAGCUCAAGCUCGCCAACCAGUCGCUCUGGCAGACCAAGGCCUACAUCAAUGGUGCAUGGGCCGACGCCGACUCCAAGGCCACCCUCAAGGUCUUCAACAAGGCCACCGGCGCCGAAAUCGGCCAGGUGCCCGACAUGGGCGCAAAGGAGACCGCCGCCGCCAUCGACGCCGCCGAACAAGCCUUCAAGUCCUGGUCCAAGACCACCGCGAAGCACCGCCACGACCUCCUCAUGAAGCUCUUCUACGCGCAUCAGCAAAACGCAGACGACCUCGCAAAGAUCAUCGUCGCCGAAAACGGCAAGGCAUUCGCAGAGGCAAAGGGCGAGAUCGCCUACUCCAACGGCUUCCUCGAGUGGUUCGCCGAGGAGGCCACCCGCACCUACGGCCACACCGUCCCCUCGCCCCUCCCCGGCGUCCGCAACGUGGUGCAGAUGCAGCCCGUCGGCGUCGCCGGCCUCAUCACCCCGUGGAACUUCCCCGCCGCCAUGAUCACCCGCAAGGCCGCACCAGCACUCGCCGCCGGAUGCACCGUCGUCAUCAAGGCGCCCGCAGAAACGCCCUUCUCGGCGCUCGCCUUUGCACACCUUGCCGAGCAGGUCGGAUUCCCCAAGGGCACCAUCAACGUCGUCACCUGCGCCAAGGGCGACAACGAGAUCGCCGUCGGAAAGGAGCUCUGCGAGAACCCCACGGUGCGCAAGAUCUCCUUCACCGGAUCCACCCGCGUCGGCAAGAUCCUCAUGAGCCAGUCCGCCUCCACCCUCAAGAAGCUCUCCAUGGAGCUCGGCGGCAAUGCUCCCUUCAUCGUCUUUGAGGAUGCCGACCUCGACAAGGCGGUCGAGGGCGCCAUCGCCUGCAAGUUCCGCGGCUCGGGUCAGACGUGCAUCUGCGCCAACCGAAUCUACGUCCAUGCCAGCGUCAAGGACGAGUUCCUCAAGAAGCUCGCCGCCAAGGUCGAAAACUUCAAGGUCGGCUACGGCAUGGACGAGGGCACCACCCACGGCCCGCUCGUCAGCGAGGUCGGCCUCAACAAGGUCGAGGAGCACGUCAACGAGUCGGUCAAGAACGGAGCGCGCGUCGUCGUCGGCGGCAAGCGCGGCGAGGGCCUCUUCUUUGAGCCCACCGUCAUCACCGAUCUUCCCGACAGCGUCCCCACCGACCGCGAGGAGACCUUCGGCCCGCUCGCCGCCGUCUACACCUUCUCGAGCGAGGAGGAGGUGGUGCGCAAGGCCAACAACGUCGACGUCGGCCUCGCCGGUUACUUCUUCUCCAAGGACACCGCUCGAUGCUGGCGCGUGGCCGAAGAGCUCCAGGUGGGCAUGGUGGGCAUCAACACUGGCCUCAUCUCGCAGAACUCGGUGCCCUUCGGUGGCGUGCACGAGUCGGGCUUCGGCCGCGAGGGCGGUCGCACCGGCAUCGACGAGUACAUGAUCCAGAAGCUCAUGGUCUUUGGCGGCGUCAACUGA